AAUAAUAGUGAUGAUAAGGUGUCUUUUAAGAUGUCAAUAACACUGCUGCUUCAUUUGAUAAGUGUAUAGAUAAACAGUCACAAAGCAUCUGUUUUUAUGCUCCAGAUUUUUUUAAUUUCAGAAAUAUAACAAUAUAAAAAAUUAAAAAAAAAUUACCCACCAGUUCAUGUCACUUUAGCUUGUUAACUCUUUCCAUAUAAUUAUCGAGAGCUUUUAAUUUUAGAAGCAGAAAAAUGACAUCAGAAUAGUCAGGGACUUGUUUUGUAGAGUAGUAGAAAUAGUCAUAUCUUACAGAUUAUCCCUGGGAGAGGUCAGAAGUUUACUUAUGUAAAUAAACAUGUUAGAGUCCCUCCCACUUGUUGAAUAGCUUGGUUGUUAAGCUGUGUGCUAGGCAACAGGCUUUCUCUUUUUUUCCUCAGAUAAAGUUCAGAGAAUCGAGAAGUUGCUUUUUGUUUUAUUUGCAGGUUAAACACUCUAAGAUGAGAAAAGUUGAUCUCUGUUUGAGCUCUGAAGGGGCUGAAGUGAUUUUAGCUACAUCAAGUGAUGAAAAACACCCACCUGAAAAUAUGAUUGAUGGGAAUCCAGAAACAUUUUGGACCACCACAGGAAUGUUUCCCCAAGAAUUCAUUAUUUGUUUUCACAAACAAGUAAGGAUUGAAAGGCUUGUAAUCCAAAGUUACUUUGUGCGGACCUUGAGGAUUGAAAAGAGCACAUCUAAAGAGCCAGUCGAUUUUGAGCAGUGGAUUGAAAGAGAUCUAGUACACACAGAAGGUCAACUUCAAAGUGAAGAAAUUAUGGGACGUGAUGGCCAUGCCACUUACUUGAGAUUCAUUAUUAUAUCAGCCUUUGAUCAUUUUGCAUCUGUACAUAGCAUUUCUGCAGAGGGAAUAGCACUCUCAAAUCUUUCUUAGUAAUUAUAACAAGAUGUCUUGCAUGAUUUUUUAACAAUAUAUUUAUUUAAAUGUGAAGUUGUCAUUUAUAUACUUUAUUAAAGGGAUUUGUAUCAAUC